AUGCAGACUGAACCUGAAAGCAAACAGAAGUCCUUCUCAGCCAGCAAUCUGCUGAGAGGGAACUGGAUAACAGUUCUGCAGUUCUGGUUCCUGACGGGCCUCCUGUCUCUGGUGGGCUCGAGGGUUUCCUCUCUGAUAGUGCUGGAGUUUUCUCUCAGAGCUGUUUCUGCCUGGGCAUCAGCAGGACUGGAUGCCAAAGACCUGCUCCUGACCCAGUGCCAGUUUUCCCUGGGAUGUGGCCUCACCUGUACUCUGGACUUCCUCCAUCAGGGGGCUCCACACAGCUCCUUCUGCUUGUUUCUGGCAGCUGCUCUCAGCUGGGCACUGGCCAGUGCCAGCCACAGUGUGUGGAGCCAUGUGGCCAAACUCUACCCACUACAUAGCAGAGAGCGUUACUGUGGGAAGUGCAUCACCCUCCUGGCCACUGGACACACCAUACUGGCUUCAGUACAAAGAGCGGUUGUCUUGGCCUUUGCUCUAGCAACAGUGGCUUCCACCGCUACGGUUUAUGACCACUUCCUGUCACAGAAAGAUGCUCUCAAGUUUUGGACUCCAUUGACACUUUGCUACACCAUGUUGGUGGUCUACAUUCAAGAGGAUCAGCAGCGGCAGACUGGCAAGAAGGUCCUGCUGCACACUGUCAUACUGCGACUGGGAGCCUUACUGGUGCUCAUGUUGACAGUGGGCAACUGGUCUGAUGUCCUCCACGUCCUCAUCGCUUUCCUGGGUGAAGCAGUCUGUCUGCUGCCCUCUCAGGACCUGCUGAAAGCUGCGUUAAAGGUUUUCCACUAA